AUGGUCGGGUUUGCCGAGCAGGACGACGUGUCCUGCUCUGUCCUCUCCGUCCAGCCGCACGGGGGAAAUGCUCUACGUUAUGUCCCUGAAAAUUUCGUGCCCAAAUCUACACCGCACGUCGUAGCCCGGGUGGCCACGGAUUCGGAUGACCGGAGCCCCCGGCCGCUGCCAGAGGAGAAGCUAUCCACCAUGGCUGUCUCGCUCAUUUCCUUUGCGCUGCCUCCAAUUCGACAGUCUGCUCUGAUACAAAGACACUCGUAG